AUGCCUCAGACGCCGAAUUCCAUAAAAAUUCUCACAGGCAACUCUCACAGAGAACUCGCAGAGAAGAUUGCUGCCAAGCUCGGCAUCAAGGUUUCGAAGGUGGGACCCUUUCAGUUCUCGAACAAAGAAACCGCCGUUGCAGUGGGGGAGUCCAUGAGAGAUGAGGAUGUCUAUGUUAUCCAAACUGGAUUUGGCGAGAAAAAAAUCAACGACUACUUGAUGGAGCUUUUGUUUCUUAUAAAUGCUUGCAGAGUGGGCGGCGCCAGAAGAAUCACCGCUGUGAUUCCAAAUUUUUUUUACGCUAGACAAGAUAAGAAGGAUAAAUCCAGAGCGCCUAUCACAGCCAAAUUGAUAGCGAAUUUGUUGCAGACUGCCGGCUGUGAUCAUGUCAUCACUCUUGACUUGCACGCUUCGCAAAUACAGGGUUUCUUUAGAGUGCCGGUAGACAAUUUGUACGCUGAGCCUUCGACUUUAAGAUUCAUCAAAGAAAACUACAAAACCGACGAGCUAACAAUAGUUUCGCCAGACGCAGGUGGAGCCAAGAGAGUUGCUUCCAUUGCAGACAAGCUAGAUACACCUUUUGCAUUGAUUCACAAGGAGAGACAGAAGGCCAACGAGGUGUCUAAAAUGGUUCUUGUGGGUGAUGUUGCCAACAAGACUUGUGUCCUAAUUGACGAUAUUGCCGACACGUGUGGCACUCUUUGCAAAGCAGCAGAGGUGCUCCUAGAGAAUGGUGCCUCUAAAGUCAUUGCCAUGGUAACGCAUGGCAUUUUUUCUAAGAACGCUAUUGAAAAGUUGAACAAUUCUAAACUUGACAAAAUUAUUUGCACAAACUCUUUACCUUUAGAAGAUAAGCCUGAGAGGUGCUCGAAGAUAAAGAUACUUGACAUCAGUCCAACUUUGGCAGAGGCUAUUAGAAGACUACACAACGGCGAGAGCGUCUCGUACUUAUUUAAUCAUGUCCCAGAAUAG